AUGGUUAUGCCUGAGGAGAAUAGCAUAUUGCUUAAAAUGGACAUAAACGGAGAGUCCAGAACUACCAUAUCUACCCUCCCUGUACCUCUUGCAGAGGUCAGUUCUGCAGGCAAAACAGAAGCAGCAAAACCACAAUGUUCCAGUACCCCAUGCUCACCAAUGCAACGGACAGUUUCAGGCUAUCAGAUCCUUUGUAUGGAUCCUAACUACCUGGUUGGCUUUACGACUGGAGAGAAGCUGCUAAAAUUAGCCCAAAAGUAUACCGGAAAUGAAGAUAAUAAAGGGGAAUCCAGGCCUAACUUACACUCUAAGCAGCUUGAUUCAGGACUUGCAUGUUCCUCCCGUUUGUACAAAACUAGACAUAGGUACCAUCAGCCUGAGAUCCCAACAGUAAAUGGGGGGAGGAGGAGGAGACGGAUGCCCAGCUCAGGUGAUAAAUGUACUAAGGCUUUACCAUAUGAACCUUACAAGGCACUUCAUGGUCCCCUGCCUCUUUGCCUUUUAAAAGGUAAAAGGGCUCACUCUAAAUCCCUGGACUACCUCAAUUUAGACAAAAUGAGCAUCAAGGAAACUGCUGAUACAGACAUGCCACGAUACCAGCUCCAACACCUUACUCUUAGAGGGGACCAUAUGUUUGUAAGAAAUAACACAUGAACUAUGAACUAUAAUCUAGAACUUAGAAAC